AUGACCCAUGGCUCCAAUGAAUUCGGUGACACUGGCAAUGAAUCUGUGUUCAAUAUGCUCUGUAUCUCCCUACACUUAAAGUCUGUUGGCGCCGCGAAGGCCCAGUGGGUGGAUGGGUUCCCGGGCGCAUGCAAGCAGCUCCGGGACAAGAACCCGAAUCCGGGGGCGCAGGGCUGGUUUCCACAUCCGCUCCAUCUCCCGCGGAACUCGCGGCGGCCCCUGCGCCUCGCCCUCCUGGGGCCGGUCGCGCGCGUCCCCCGCCCCGGCUUGGGGCCCAACUGCCGGGCGCAGACCCGCGCGCCCCGCCCGGCGCAGUCAGGUUCUGUCUUCCCAGAGUCAGAGUUCCAGUUUCUACUUUCCUUCCCGACAUUUCUCCUUCGGGGUCUUCCAAGGAUCGGAAGGUGGCGGAGCCCCUGGCCGGGGAAACCCGCGACAGCUCAGGGCUCAAUCUGUCGGGACUUUGGUGGCUCAUCUACAUCCCACUGGCCCCUUAUUUCCACGCGGAAAAGUAGAGAUGUUUGGCCACCAGCAGCUGUCCGAAGGAAAGGGGAAUCCAAGGUUCCCGCAGACGGGCCAUCCACGGAAGAUUGUGUAGGGCCCUCUCGGAUCUGGAGAGGGCUGGUUGUUCUGGUGAAGACAAACCGGACGCCCGGAACCUGGCGGCGCCGGGGUCUCCCCGGGACGAGGACGCCCCGCGGAGAACCCAAGCAUUGGGACCAAUUUCCUAUGAACGCAGAAUAUUUUCUCCUCCUCUGGGACACUUUUUGAAGCCUCUAAGCACAUUAUUUGCCAGGACCCUUUGGAUUCUCACAAUCUUCCUAACUCUGUCUAUAACCAAGACUUGCUGGACCUGCUCCAUUAGGGAAACUUGUGUUUUACAAGCUGUAGAAGAUAACUACAAUAACUAGGGUUUUCUUUUUCUUUUUCCUUUUCUUUUCUUUUUAGAGAAAAUUUCAAACUUAAAACACUUAGUAUUUAUGGGCAAUUGAUUUUUCUUUUAUUACCCAUUUAACCAUGGCUUUUCUUUGACGCUCAUCCAGAGGGACUCUCAUCAUCCAUGGCUAGAUCAGAGAAGCCAAAAGGAAAGGUCUUCAUCAUCUCUAAUCUCCAUCUCUCACCUCCCUCCAAAGCAGUUUGCAAUAAAGAGAACUCACUCCCACAUCCUGAUCCCUGUUCUUCUUUGAUCUUCCCCAUCAUUUUCUUAUUAAAAACAACUGCUCUGUUGCCACCACCA